AUGGAACCAGAGCCAACCCUUAGCGCUCUCCUUGAGGCUAUUGCAGCCCUCACCACCCAAGUUGGGUCCCUCCAGGACCAAGUCAAGUCUCAAGGCAAGCAAAUCAUUCAGCUCACUGCCAUAUGCAAGGAGACCAACAACCUUGUUGGAGACAAGGAUCAGGGCGGAGCCCAAACCAAGCCUGGCCCAUUGACUGGGCCUGUCACCCCUCCUACCCACUCAGGAGGGGAAACCCACACUCCAGGCACGGUUAGGCCUGGACUCAAAGCCCUGUUCCGGCCCUCUCAAGGCAUGGGUUUUGAUUCCAAGGACAAGGAAGAACCAAGGCACCCAAAAAAGGAACCUCAAGGAACGCCUAAGUGGCACCUUGGGUCCCUCACCCCCUUUGAUGCCGGGUCCAGCGUGAAGCAACCCAAGAUGGACCUCCCAGACCCCUAUAAGGGAGACACUAGGGGACAAAAAGCCACCCAGUGGCUGGACCAAAUGAUGCUUUGGGUUGCCCUUCACAGGGAUCAAUUUGACAAGGAAGAACAGAUGGUUGUCUGGAUCCUCUACCACAUGGAGGACAAGGCAGCCGAUUGGGCGCUCCCCAUAAUUGGGGCAAUUAUUGAGGGCAAGGGCAACCCCCCUACCACUAUCCAGGGCCUAACCACCAAAUUUAAAGAGGCCUUUGCCAACCCCAACGCCAAACGGGCUGCGGCCAGAAAAAUUGCCACCCUCUCCCAGACAACAACCACCUCCAAGUACGUCACAGAGUUCUGCAAUUUGAUGGCGGAAUUAGACUGGAACAAGGAGGCCUUCAUUGCGCAAUUCACGCAAGGUCUCCAUUGGAAAGUCAAGGAGCUGCUGUCAACCAAGGAUAGCAUCCCCAACAAGCUUGAGGCAAUUUUUGCAGCCUCAAUAAAAAUUGAUAACAUCUGCCACAAAAACAAGGAGAACCAGCCAAAAAAGGCACCCGCCAAGUCCCCAGCCACCGUGGCCACCACCUCUACCACCACCACGCAGAGGGUCCGUUUAUCCAAGGACCCUAAUUACGUCACACCAGAAGAACGGGACCGCCGCCACGCUUCAGGACUCUGCAUAAAAUGUGGUCAAAAGGGACACGGGAUCAAACAAUGCCCCAAUGGAUGGAAGGCCACCAUCAAAGAAGCCGCCAAGGUGGGAGAAGUAGUAGAGUUGGAAAAAGAAUGA